CAAGUAUACUAUGAUGCCCAGCCUAGCUACCCCAACCAAUUACACACCUUCUCAACUGUUUGGAACAAAAUUCCAUUACUAACCAAAACCAAUUGAUUCCAUUUCAUAUCCUCAAUCAUUCAUAAGAGAAUCAAAGAAAGAUUCUCAUUAACUCAGAAACAAAAGAAAGAGGAAAUAAACCAUUUCAUAUGGCAGCGGUGCCUCUUUCAUUAGCACCGCCAGAAUAUGCAGCGGAUCAUCAAAACGUGGCAGCUCCAUCAUGUUUAAGCUUCAUCACCGCCGUGCACCCUGACAUCAUCCUGGCCCACAUCCUCACGCGCCUCGACCCCGCCACGCUUGCAACCGCCGCAUCAGCCUCCUCCCACCUCCGCCGCCUCUGUGCUGAUGAGGAUCUCUGGCAAAAAAUCUGCACCGCCACGUGGCCCUCACUCACGGACCCCACUGCAAGCCAUGUCAUCUCCACCUUCCCCGCCGGCCACCGUUCCAUUUUCUCCGACGCGUUUCCCUCCCUCCACCACAACCAUUCCCCCUCCCAGCCCCACCGUCGGCUACCGUCACCUCCUCCGCCGGAGCUUAUCUCCGCCGUUGACAUUUACUACAACGGUGAGCCCAUGUUUUCCAGGGUCCACCGCACCGAAACAGAGAAGAACUGGUUUCUGACCUCACCUUUAUGUGUGGAGAUGCUUGAACCGAACGAGGUGGUCCCCGCGCCGGUGAGAUUCGCUGGGAAAUACGAGAAGUGGAUGAGGCACUUGGAGGAGAGCCUGCGGCUGAGCUGGGUGGUGAUCGAUCCAACCCUUAAGCGCGCGGUGAAUGUGUCUAGCCGGAGGCCGGUGUGGGUGCGGCGGCACUGGUUGACGAGGGACGUGGAGGCGGCGUUCUCCGUGGUGAUGGCGGCGGAGGAGGUGCGGUGCGUGGUGAAGGUCACGUGGGGCCGGAAGGACGGAGGGGAGGUGCACGUGAGGGAGGUGAACAUGGUGAUGGAGGACGCAGAGGGAGGGCACGUGAGGGGGAAGGAAGCAGUGGGUAUUCUGCAGAGGGCGAUGGAGAGUGGUGUGAGGAAGAGGGUGGUGGUGGAUGGUGGUUGUGGUGGCGUUGAUUCGGCAAAGGAGAGUUAUGAGAGAUUCUCUUGUAUGGUGAAGGAGAGGAGGGAGAGGAAGCAUAGGAGACAUAAGGUGCGGGAUGUUGCCUCUACUUUGCUGGCGUUUGUUGCUUUCCUCUUGUUUCUCUUCUUAAUUUGCUGACUUAUGAUGGACAUGUUUUAGGGCUUUGAUAAACCAUGUAUUAUAGCAUAGAAAGAUGAUCACUUACUAUGUAUUUUUUCAUAGUCAAAUGUUAGUUAAUUGUUCGUAAAUAAGUUCAUUUACUAUAA